AUGGUUACUAAAUUAAUCAAGUUCAUAGUUUUAAGGCCAAGAGGAAUUCCUCAAAAUUUAGAAUUAGAAAUAAAUUGCAAUGAAGUGAUUAAAAAUCUAAAGCAUAAGUUAUUUCCAGAAGAUAUAAAUAAAGACUUAAAUGUAAGAUUAAUAUAUAUGGGUAAGAUAUUAGAUGAUAAAAAAAAAUUAGAAGAUUAUUUAAAUUUUUAUCAGAAAGAAUUUUUAAUAAAUAAUAAGAAAGGUAAUUCCUUAAUGAACGAAAACAAAAAUGGUAUUCAAAAUGAAGUGACUAAAGAUAUAAAUAAUCAAAAUAUUUCUAAAAAUUAUAAGGAAAACAUACCCAUUACAAUUCAUGUAAAAAUUACUGAAAAAUCUUCUUCUGCAAAAAAUGAAAAUACUGAUGGAAAAGGCAUGAAUACAUCUUUAGCUCAAUUAAGUUUAAUUGUCUUUGUUUCAUUGUUAUGGUUAUACAGAUAUAAUUAUUCUAGCAUUUUUCCAUUAUUUUCAACAACAGUCUUAUUUAUAUUUACUGUAUUUAUUAUAACAAUUAUUUUUCAUUCUUAUUUAAUUUUAUUCUUUAAAAUUACCUUUAAAGUAGUAUCAACAAUUUAUCAAAUCAUUAAGCAUUACAUAGUGCGUAUUUAUACAUAUAUCAUUCAAAAAAAAGAGAAAUUCAGUAUUAAAAAGAAAUUAAAAAAUGGUGAAACUGACAAUAGAAAUUUAAAGGAAAACUAA